CGCGAUGUUUCAAAUGCUCCCGCCGUAUUCUUAUCCAUAAAUAAACCAAUAGAACGCCACAUGUAGUACCAACCUAUAGAAAAAUGCCGGAGUGAUUACUCGCCGCGAUGUUGGCAGUAGUGUCGACUGUGGCAAAUGGUGGAUUGCGUUGCUUUUUCUCGUGCUCUGUGUAAAAUAUUUACGUAAAAUAGUGUUAAAUUCGCGGUGCAGUGUUUCUGACUAAUAGAAACAUGUCGGAAACACUGCCGAACAGUAAAAAACAAGUUUCGAGGCAACUGCGCGAACGCAAACAGCGCAAGCUCUACUCCGAUGAAUGGGCCCUCGGAGAUGAUGAUGUGGAAGGUGGCCGAGGGUUCUCCCUCGCAGACAAGCUGGAGAGCCCCCGCUUCGAGCACCCAGGCUCCAUACAUGAGAUGUUUGGCACGGAGCUCACGGUGGCAUAUCUGCAGAAAAAUGGAUUCACAACUCCGCUGCUGUUUAAGGAGAAGACUGGACUGGGACUGAGGGUGCCGACCAGCAACUUUACCGUGAACGAUGUGCGCAUGUGCGUGGGCUCGCGCCGCCUGCUCGACGUCAUGGACGUCAACACGCAGAAAAACAUCGAGAUGACUAUGAAGGACUGGCAGCGAUAUUACGACGAUCCCAACAAGGAGCGUCUCCUGAACGUGAUCUCGCUCGAGUUCUCGCACACGCGGCUCGAGAAUUAUGUGCAGGCGCCGAGGAUCGUGCGCCUCAUCGACUGGGUGGAGGUCGUCUGGCCUCGUCAUCUUAAAGAUCAGCAGACCGAGUCAACGAACGCUCUGGACGACAUGAUGUAUCCGAAGGUGCAGAAAUACUGCCUCAUGUCGGUUAAAGGCUGCUACACAGACUUCCACAUCGACUUUGGAGGCACCUCCGUGUGGUAUCACAUUUUGAGAGGUGCUAAAGUGUUUUGGCUGAUCCCUCCCACUGAGAAGAAUCUGCAGCUGUAUGAGAAGUGGGUGCUCUCUGGCAAGCAGUCGGAUGUGUUCUUCGGAGACACGGUCGAGAAAUGUAUCCGCGUCCACCUGCAAGCGGGCCACACAUUCUUCAUCCCGACGGGAUGGAUUCAUGCCGUGUACACGCCGAGCGACUCGCUGGUGUUCGGCGGCAACUUCCUGCACCAGUUCGGCAUCGAGAAACAGCUCAAGAUCGCGCAAGUUGAGGACGUUACCAAGGUGCCACAGAAGUUCCGGUACCCGUUCUUCACGGAGAUGCUGUGGUACGUGCUGGAGCGGUACGUGGGCGCGCUGCUGGGCCGCAGCCACCUCGCCGCGGAGGGCCAGCCGCCGCCGCAGCCGCCCAAGGAGCACGUGCACCUCACGCAGAACGAGCUGCACGGCCUUAAGGCCAUAGUGAUGUACUUGCAUCAGCUACCAGCCGCUCGCAAGUCAGUGCCGGAGCUCCUGGCCGACCCCAUAGCGCUGGUCAAGGACGUCCGCACGCUGGUCGAGCAGCACAGACACGACAAACAGCAUCUGGCUAUCACGGGCGUGCCGGUGCUGAAAGGCCCAGACGAGGUAGUGACAACCGAGCGGCGCCAGUCCAGCGGACGUGGAGGCCGCGGAGGCCGCGGCGGCGCGCACCGGCCUCGCCCCGACCACGCCAACUCUGCGCCCCGUCGCCGCCGCACCAGGUGCAAGAAAUGCGAGGCCUGCCAGCGAACGGACUGCGGCGAGUGUGUAUUCUGCCACGACAUGGUCAAAUUCGGCGGGUUGGGCCGCGCCAAGCAAACCUGCAUCAUGCGACAGUGCUUACAGCCAAUGUUACCAGUCACAGCUUCGUGUGCUGUUUGUCAUCUGGACGGCUGGAUGCAGACUCCGGUGGCGCCACAGGCUAAAGGCAAUUCGGGUCGCAACGGGCCGUCAUCCCUGCGCGAGUGCUCGGUGUGCUACAGCAUCGUGCACCCGGCCUGCGUGCCGCCCGGCGGCCAGGUCAACGAGGACCUGCCCAACUCCUGGGAGUGCCCCACCUGCACCACCAUGGGGCUCAACCACGACUACAAGCCUCGCCAUUUCCGCGCGCGCCAGAAGUCUUCGGAUCUCAGGAGGAUGAGCGUCGGAUCAGAUGCCAGUCACAUCAGCCGAGAACACAGUAACCUACAGAAUAAACUACCGCCUCCGGGUCCAGUUAAAUCGGAGCCCAGUUCUGAUAACGAAGGGAAGAAUGACGUCCCACAUAUCAAGUCUGAAAGUGAAAUAAAACGCGAAGAGGAAGGCGGGGAGGGUGGCGCCGGGGAGCGCGGGGGCGAGUGGGAGCCGGCGGCCAAGAAGCGGCGCCCCAGCGACGAGCAGGAGGCGCCCAAGAAGCAGGCGCUGCGGGCGCAUCUCGCGCUGCAGCUCACGCACCACUCCGCUAAGCAAAUGAAGAAGCCCCUGUACUCGGUGCGGCCCGCCCCGCUGCCGGGCGCAGGCCUGGGCGCGGCGUGCGCGGGGUCGCCGUGGCUGGACCGCGGCGCCAUGCUGUGCGUGUUCGCGCGCCUCACGCCCUCCGAGCUCGCCACCUGCGCGCUCGUCUGCAAGGCCUGGGCCGAGUACUCGAUGGAUCCAUCCCUAUGGCGCAGCAUGUCAUUCGUGCAAGUGCGCGUGUCGGCCGCGCAGCUGGCCGGCAUCGCGCGCCGCCAGCCCCUGUCGCUCGGCCUCGAAUGGUGUCAUCUCGCUCGUCGCCAACUGGCUUGGCUGCUGGCCCGGCUGCCGGCGCUGCGCUCGCUGUCGCUGGCGGGCUCGCCGGCGGAGGCGGCGCUGGCGCUGCGCUCGUCCACGUGCCCGCCGCUCACGUCGCUGGACCUGUCGUUCGCGCGCUGCCUCGACGACGCCAAGCUGCGCGGCAUCCUGGCGCCGCCCGAGAACUCCCGCCCCGGAGGAGGCAACCGCACCGGCGCCGAGCCCUCCCGCCUCGCCGCGCUCAGCGUGCUGCGCCUGCCCGGGACCGAUAUCACGGACGUGGCCAUGAGAUAUGUUGUGCAGGCGUUACCAAAGCUGGUGGAGCUGGACGCGUCGUCGUGCGCGCGGCUGACGGACGCGGGCGCGGCGCAGCUGGCGCACCACGGCCUGCAGCGCCUGUCGCUGGGCGGCUGCCGGCUGCUCACCGAGGCCGCGCUCGACCAUCUGGCGCGCUGCCCCAACCUCAUCAGACUGGAUCUCCGACACGUCCCGCUCGUGUCCACGCAAGCGGUGAUCAAGUUCGCCGCCAAGUCCAAGCACAACCUGCAUGUGCAGGACGUGAAGCUGGUGGAGCUGCGCAAGACCUGAUGCGACGACGCGCCGGCGCCCGAGCC